AUGAUUUUGGCGAAGAAGAAUGGCGCACCCCCAAAGCCUGUUGAGGGUUUGAGUUUUUCCUUUCCCAUUUCUCUACAAACGGAUGGGCAUGGAUCCAGACAUACAACUAUUGCUCUCUUUUCUUUUUUUGGGAUUACAGGGCAAUUCCCUAACCCAUUUAACGUUGCGUCCACUCUACGGUGUGUGGGGGCAUAUUCUUUUCCACAUUGUAAUGGAAGCAACAACGAUGCCGCUAUACUAUGGUGUGACUCCUUUGGUGUGGUUUGUGUUUUUCACUUGGGUUGUGUUUUCUUGCGCGCGGGGUGCGGUGCAAGAAAUAAAAUAAAAUAA